UGAAAUGUUAUAUAUAUGUAUAUAUAUAUAUAGCAUAAUGAUGUCUUGAGUUUGCUGUAUUUCCAGUUCUUCUUCUUCUUCAACCAUGGCGGAUCAAUUCCCACUCUUAGAAGAACAAAAAAACAUAAUUCAAAAGGAUUUUUCAUCUUCUUCUUUACAAGAAUUGGUGUCUGGGUCUUGCUUUUAUGGCGAUCCAAGUCUCUGGGAAUCCAUGGCUCGAGCUUCAAGGUCUGAAAAUGGCGGUUCCAAAGGCAAUGAUCAAUCGAAGUCUCCAUCUUCUUCUUCUUCUUCUUCUUCUUCUUCGCCUUCUUCGUCGUUUAGAAUGUUUUCGAGGGGGAAAACAGAGAUUUCUGGUGGGAAUUUGAUCGAAAGUAAUGUUCAGGCAGAUGGAGAAAGGUUCAUUCCUUUGAAUUUCUUGGAGAGUUUUCCCAAACAAGAAUCUGAGUCUUUUUCUUCUUCUCCUCUGUUUCAGUCUAGAACAGAUUCAACAAAUUUGACUCUGUUUCUUCAAGAACCCCCCAUUGUUGAUCCAUACCCAUUUCAAAUUCAAGCUCAAAAUGGGUUCCAAUGGCUGAAAAGCAACCAAAUUCAGAAUCAGGCCGACGCCAUUGCUGCCACUGCGUCGAGAAAUUACAGUGAUUUCUGGCUGGGGGCGACGAAAACUCAGCCGAUGAAACAGAUUGGAAGAAAACAGGGGAAUCACAAAACAGAGACAUCGGCGACGGCAACGGCGGUCGGAAAGUUGUUCAGAGGUGUCCGGCAGCGGCACUGGGGGAAAUGGGUGGCGGAGAUUCGGCUACCGAGGAACCGGACGAGGGUUUGGCUUGGGACCUUCGAUACAGCGGUGGAAGCCGCCGUCGCGUACGACACUGCCGCCUAUAUACUGAGAGGGGAAUUCGCACAUUUGAAUUUUCCCGAUCAGAAGCACCGCCUGAAAUCCAACUCUCUUAACCGUACCACGGCGGCGCUGCUGGAGGCGAAGUUGCAGGCGAUCACGCAGGGGAACUCCGGUAGAAAAAAAACGACCACAGCAACCACUGCCACCAAAUCCGCCAUUGACCCUUCUUCUAUUUCAGAGAAAAGACUGUUGCAGGGAGAUUCAAAAGUGCUAAAUUUGAACCAGAAUCCGGUGAGUUUUUCACCGGAAAACAUGUCGGGCAGUGGCGGCAACGGUGGCGGAUCUGAAACAGAGGAGUUGAAGAGAAAUCAAUAUGGAAUCUUGGAAAUUGAACAACAUGUUCAGCUCAGCAGAAUGCCAUCUUUGGACAUGGACAUGAUUUGGGAUGCUCUGUUAGUUUCUGAUUCAUAAAUUUCUUUCUUUCUUUUGGUUCUCGUUAUUUCUUUUUAUUUGGAGGGGCUUCUUUAUUUUAUUUUAUUUAUUUUUUUUUUUUUUGAAACCCCAUUUUGUUUUUCCAUAUCUAUCUGUAAAUUUAUUGAAUUUGGUUUCAGUGUUUUCUUCUCUUUUUUGUGAAGCACAUUGGUUGAUCUUUCAAAUCUUUGUAUUCAAAUGUAAAGAACAG